AUGUCUCUCAAACAAUUCAAAUCAGAUGGAAACAUCAUCACUCCUUACCUACUUGGACUUGCUCGAAGCAAUCCGGGUCUUACAGUGAUCAAGCACGACAGGGUCGUUUUCCGGACUGCAUCAGCUCCGGGUUCAGGGAACCCACCUAAGGUGACUCUGGUUUCAGGAGGGGGUAGCGGUCAUGAACCAACCCACGCCGGUUUUGUUGGUGAUGGGGCGUUAGAUGCGAUUGCCGCUGGAGCAAUCUUUGCUUCUCCUUCCACUAAACAGAUUUAUUCUGCUAUCAAGGCUGUUGAAUCUCCUAAGGGUACCUUGAUCAUUGUGAAAAACUACACCGGUGACAUCAUCCAUUUUGGUUUGGCUGCCGAAAGGGCAAAAGCUGCUGGAAUGAAGAUUGAAAUGGUUGCUGUUGGAGACGAUGUAUCUGUUGGUAGAAAGAAGGGUUCUCUAGUUGGGCGCCGAGGUCUCGGUGCCACCGUGCUGGUGCAUAAGAUUGCUGGUUCAGCUGCCUCCCAUGGGCUCGAGCUGGCAGAAGUUGCCAAAGUUGCUCAGUCAGUCGUCGACAACAGUGUCACAAUUGCUGCAUCUCUUGAUCACUGCACUGUCCCUGGCCACAAGCAUGAAGCCGUCCUGGGAGAAGAUGAGUACGAAAUUGGUAUGGGUAUCCAUAAUGAAUCUGGUACGCACAAGUCUUCUCCAUUGCCAUCGAUUCCUGAGCUCGUCGCUGAAUUGCUACCUUUCCUUCUCGAUGAGGAUGAGGACCGUUCUUACGUGAAAUUUGAUCCAAAAGAUGACGUAGUCCUCAUGGUUAACAACAUGGGUGGUAUGUCCAAUCUGGAGUUGGGUUAUGCUACAGAGGUCAUUUCUGAACAAUUGAUUGAAAAAUACCACAUUGUUCCUAAGAGAACAAUCACUGGUGCGUUUAUCACUGCUUUGAACGGACCUGGGUUUGGUAUCACUCUGAUGAAUGCUACGAAAGCGGGGACCGAUACCCUUAAGUAUUUCGAUUAUCCUACGACAGCAAGCGGAUGGAAUCAAAGGUACCAUUCUGCUGAAGACUGGAAGGUAUUGGCCCAUGGACAAGUUCCUACUGCGCCUUCUCUGAAGACAUUGAGGAACGAAAAGGGUUCAGGCGUGAAGGCUGACUACGACACCUUCGCUAAAAUUUUGCUUGCUGGAAUUGCAAAAAUCAAUGAGGUUGAGCCAAAAGUUACCUGGUACGACACCAUUGCAGGGGAUGGUGACUGUGGGACUACUCUUGUAUCUGGAGGUGAGGCGUUGACCGAAGCCAUUAAAAACCAUAAUUUGCGCCUUGAAGAUGCUGCUCUUGGUCUUGAAGAUAUUGCAUACAUGGUUGAAGACUCCAUGGGAGGUACCUCUGGUGGCCUGUAUUCCAUUUACCUGUCGGCGCUUGCACAAGGUGUCAGGGAUUCUGGGGAUAAGGAGCUUACUGCAGACACUUUCAAGAAUGCUUCUUGUGUUGCAUUAGAUGCCUUGUAUAAGUACACCAGAGCCCGUCCAGGAUACAGAACAUUGAUUGAUGCUCUCCAACCCUUUGUUGAAGCACUGAAGGCUGGGAAGGGACCUAGAGUCGCUGCGCAACUGGCUCAUGACGGUGCUGAGAAGACAAGGAAGAUGGAUGCCCUUGUUGGACGUGCUUCUUACGUGGCUAAGGAGGAGUUGAGAAAACUUGAUAGUGAAGGUGGACUACCGGAUCCGGGCGCUGUUGGUCUCGCUGCUUUACUCGACGGAUUUGUUACAGCUGCUGGAUAUUAG